AUGUGGGGCACUAUUGCCAAUUUGAAGGAAAACCUGAACAAGAUCGCGCUCGAUGUUCAUGACGACGACGACGACGAAAUUCUCCUUGCGUACGGCUCCGGAAGCGCUGCCAACGGCGACGAAUCUGCCGUCUCCAGUCGCCGGAGUUCACCCGGCUCCGCCCGUUCCAAAUCUGGGAUUAGGUCGCCGCUUGCCAACGGCAUCGAUCAUGCCUCUCUUCCUGAGAUAGAACAUUACAAAGCAGAAAUCAAGAAACUUCAAGCAUCUGAGGCAGAAAUUAGAGCAUUAUCAGUUAAUUAUGCAGCUCUGUUAAAAGAAAAAGAGGAUCACAUUGUUAAAUUAAAUAAAGAAAAUGGCUCAUUAAAGCAGAAUUUAGAGGCUACAAAUGCUGCUCUGCGCGUCUCCAGAAUUGAAGGUUCUGGAGUAUCUACAAAUGGAACGUAUACAGUCAAGGGAAGUAGUGAUCAAUCACCCAAUCGACAGAACAAGCUUAACAUGCAACGUAAAAAUCGAUAUGCUAUAAACAAUGGAACUGUGUCUACUUUGGAAUCUGAUGCUAUUCAAAGGGAGAUGGAAUUCAAACAUUCAAAUUUACAAGGAAAUUAUAAGGAGCUUUCAGUUGAUGGAAAUACCACAGUAGCUGUACAACAUCCCCAAGAUAUACAGAAGUUGAAGUUAGAACUAGAGCAUGAACGUGAUCAAUUGGCAAAGAUUCAGCUAAACUUCCAAAAGGAACAAGGAUUGAGCAAGUCUUUUCAGGAGGAGCUUCAAAUAUUAAAGUUGGAAAGAGACAAAACAUCAAUGGAGUUGAACAAAAUACACAAGGAGUUGAAUGAGAAAGUAUCAGAAAUAAAGCAUCUACAAUUUAAGUUGACAAAACGGGAAAAUGGAGCAGGGGAGGCUGUGGAUAGCUUAAAAAGACUUGUCAAUACUUUAGAGAAGGAAAACGCCUCUCUUAAGAUGGAAAAAAAUGAAAUUGAAGCUGCUCUUGAAACUACUAGGAAGUCUUUCACGGAUAAAAUGAUGCCUGAUGCUUCACAUAAUCAGAAAAAAGAUUCGAGCAGCGUCAGUGAUAUGCCAGAUCACUCCAAAAGUUUUCCAGGAAAGGAAGAAAUGGAAAGAUCCUUAAACAAGCUAAGCAAAGAUUUGGAUGAAACACAGCGGGACAGGGACAAAGCAGUACAAGAAUUGAACCGUCUCAAACAGCAUUUACUGGAAAAGGCAUCUGAGGAAUCAGAUAAAAUGGAUGAAGACAGCAAAAUCAUCGAAGAGCUACGUGAUAGCAAUAAUUAUUUAAGAGCUCAAGUAUCACAACUGGAGAGAACACUGAAGCAAGCACUUGCAAGUCAAGAGGAACAGAAGAUGGCAAACAACAGUGAACUUAUCAAGUCUAGAGAAGCCAUUAAUGACCUGAACAAGAAGCUUACAAACUGUAUGAGCACUAUAGAUGCUAAAAAUAUUGAACUUUUAAAUCUACAGACAGCACUAGGACAGUACUAUGCUGAAAUUGAAGCCAAGGAGCAUUUAGAAAGGGAGUUGGCUCAUGCAAGAGAAGAAACAGCUAAGCUUUCUCAACUUUUGAAAGAAGCAGAUCACAGAGCAGAUGUUUCAAGGAAUGAAAGAGAAGAAAUUUUAGCCAAGCUUUCACAAUCUGAGAAGGUGCAAACUGAAUGGAGAAGUAGAGUAAGCAAGCUUGAGGAUGACAAUACCAAAUUGAGGAAAGUUCUUGAGCAGAGUAUGACCCAGUUGAAUAGAAUGUCGGUAGAUUCAGAUUAUCUAGUUGACAGGCGCAUUGUCAUAAAAUUACUUGUAACUUAUUUUAAGAGAAAUCACAGCAGAGAGGUUUUGGAUCUUAUGGUUCGCAUGCUAGGAUUCUCUGAUGAGGACAAGCAAAGAAUUGGUGGUUCUCAACAAGGUGCCGGUAAAGGUGUUGUUCGUGGAGUUCUUGGGCUGCCUGGCCGCCUGGUUGGAGGCAUCCUGGGAGGAAAUUCCACUGAAUCAGCAACUAAUGCGGGAUCUGAUAACCAGUCUUUUGCAGAUCUAUGGGUUGAUUUUCUUCUCAAGGAAACGGAAGAACGAGAAAAAAGAGAAUCAUCAGGAAAUUCAGGUAAAGCCACAGAGGAUUCUUCCAAUAAAAGUCCAAAUACAACGUCUGCUACUGCACCAUUUUCCAAUAGAAGUCCAAAUAUUAUUUCUACUACGACACCAUUUUCGGAUCGGAGGUUUGGAUCCGGAACAGCAUCAGCUUUUCAAAUUACUCCUACAAAUCAAAACAUCAGUGCUCCCCCUCGUAGUUAUUUUCAGCACUCUGAACAUUUUGAUUCUGAGUUCUCAACAGUUCCUCUUACAUCAUCCGAUGUAAUGAUUACUGAUGGAACAACUACAUGGUCCAACAAACGUUGUAAUCCGCAAAAUCAACAUGCUUGUAGCAAAAAUGAAAAGCUACGUCUUGAAGCUAAACCCAUGAGCACCACACCCGCCAAAAGCAAAUCCAAAAACAAGGCUCCUAUUAAAUUAAAAGACUCAAGUGGAGCCCUCUUUUUGGUCUUGAGGGUACCAAAUACUUAA